AUGAAGCCCAACUCAUCCCUCAUCGGACUUCUCACCACCCUCUUACUCACCUCUUCAGUCCUCGCCUCCCCACAACACGGCAAAGCAAAAGGAAAAGGCAACCCCCUCCCCAUCCCCAUCACCCCCCCCUCAGAAGAACCCCCAACCCACUACGGCGUCCUCCUCAUCCGCGCCUUCCAACCGCUAGACAUCUACGGCCCCCUCGACACCCUCCAACUCCUAGCCCACAACCGCCACCUAACCCUCACCCUCCUCUCCCGCACCCUUCUCCCCGUAACCUCCGAGCCCGCCUCGGCAAUGAUGAACACCCACAGAUCCACCUUCUGGCCCACCAUCUCCCCAACCCACACCCUCACCUCCCCCCCAUCCAACCUCCAAGUCCUCAUCAUCCCCGGCGGCCCCGGCGCCCGAUCCCCCGACCUCGGCCCCGAAAUAGCCUUCAUCCGCUCUGUCUUCCCCAAGCUCCAAUACCUAAUCACAAUAUGCACCGGCUCCGGCAUCGCCGCCCAAUCCGGCGUCCUCGACGGCCGCCGCGCGACGACCAACAAGGCGGCCUGGAAUUCCAUGACGGCCAUGGGGCCAAAGGUGAAAUGGGUCGCGCCCGCGAGGUGGGUUGAAGAUGGCAAGGUUUGGAGCAGCAGUGGUGUCACGGCAGGAAUAGAUCUCAUCUACGAGUUCAUCAAGCAGAAAUACCCCAAUGGUACGGCACUGACAAAAAGAUUCGGCGAGGUCACCGAGUACGAGCCCGAAACUGACUGGAGAGCUGACCCCUGGAGCGAGAGGUUCAAUGUUACUGUUCCUGUUCCUGAGCCUCUGGUGUAGAGGGCUGAGUUGGGUUCGAGUCUGAAAUUGACAAGUUGGAGGAGAAAGGCAAGCGGGCGAGCGUGAAUCUGUU